AGAGAAGCACUGCUUUUAUGAGCAUUUGUUUGAAAACAUUUGGACAACAAUUGCAUUGAAUUGGGGUUUAAAUUGUGAUUAAAUAGCAAUCAAUCAGACAAUGAGUGGCGGAGUCUAUGGCGGAGACGAGGUCGGGGCCCUUGUCUUCGAUGUCGGGCACUACUCAUUCCGCGGCGGUUAUGCCGGCGAAGACUCGCCUAAGACUGAGAUCCCAACUAUGGUUGGAGUGAUCAAUGAGUUGGUUGAGUGCAAUGCUAUGGAAAUGGAUGGCACGCCAGGGAUGACGAAGAAGCACUUCAUUGACACCACUUCUAUCCAUUCCCCGCGAAAAGGGAUGGAAAUGACAACCUUUUUGAAGGACGGGAUGAUCGAAGACUGGGAUCUGUUUGAGAAGAUUAUGGAUUAUGUGUACAAAAAGCACUUGAAAUCUGAUUCACUGUUACAUCCGGUGCUGUUCUCUGAAGCGCCGUGGAACAUCAGAGCAAAGAGAGAGAAGUUAACGGAAAUAAUGUUUGAAAAGUACGGAAUCCCCGCCUUCUUCCUCGUCAAGAACGCCGUUUUGGCCGCUUUUGCCAACGGGAAGGCCACUGGCAUUGUCUUGGACUCCGGCGCCAGUCAGACAUCAGCCGUUCCCGUACACGACGGGUAUGUCAUACAACAGGCUAUAGUGAAGUCCCCUCUGGCGGGAGACUUCAUGACAUUGCAGAGCAGGAACUACUUCGAUGAGCACAACGUCGAGAUUGUUCCCUAUUAUGCCGUCGCAGCCAAGGAAGUGGUCAAAGAGGGAGAGCCCGCCAAAUGGACGCGACGCUCAACCAUUCCCGAUGGGCUCACCAAGUCGUGGACUAAUUAUAUGGCUAAAGGCGUACUCCAGGACUUCCAGGCGUCGGUCCUUCAAGUGAGUGACUCUCCGUAUGACAAGGAAACGGCAGAAAAUAUGCCGACCGUUCACUACGAGUUCCCCAACGGAUACAAUCAAGACUUCGGUUCCGAGCGCUUCUUAAUACCAGAAGCACUGUUCGACACGUCAAACAUCAAAGGCAUCAGCGCUUCGGUGAUGGGAAUGUCACAAAUCGUCACCACAAGUGUCGGUAUGUGUGACAUCGAUAUGAGACCAUCUCUUUAUGGCUCUGUCAUCACGACGGGAGGCAAUACUCUCAUACAAGGCUUCACUGACCGACUCAACCGAGACUUGACUACCAAAACCCCUCCCAGUAUGAGACUUAAAGUUCUGAGCACUAACUCGACGGUAGAGAGACGUUACGGCGCGUGGAUUGGGGGCUCUAUUCUCGCUUCUCUGGGCACUUUCCAACAGAUGUGGAUUUCCAAACAAGAGUACGAAGAGGGCGGUAAGGCUCAGGUGGAUCGCAAUGAAGUGAUUGACAGACAGACUGUUCACUCGUAUAUCAGGAAAAGGCAUUCAUUUAGUGAACACUUCAGCACUUGUUUACCAUUCAAUUGUCUCUUUACUUGCGUUGACUCAGUGGUGAUCGCGAUGUUAAACACGGGAGUAUUUGCCGGCAAAACAGUGUUCAUAUCUGGAGGAAGUCGUGGUAUCGGGAAAGCCAUUGCUCUCAAAGUAGCCAAAGACGGCGCAAAUGUGGUGAUCGCCGCCAAGACUGUCGAUAAACACCCCAAACUCGAGGGCACUAUCUAUAGCGCUGCUGAGGAAGUUGAAUCGGUUGGUGGCAAAUGUCUGCCCAUUCAGUGCGACCUCAGGGAUGAAGAGUCGGUUAAGAGUGCCUUCGAGAAGACUAUCAAACAGUUUGGAGGUCUCGAUAUACUGGUCAACAACGCCAGUGCCAUCAGUUUGACAGGUACGGAACAGACGUCGAUGAAGAAGUAUGACUUAAUGCACUCAAUCAACACGAGAGGCACUUACAUGGCCUCCAAGUAUGCCAUCCCUCACCUGAAGAAGGCAUCUAAUCCUCAUAUUCUGAAUCUGAGUCCACCGCUGGUGAUGACUGCCAAAUGGUUUGAGAAUCACGUGGCCUACACGAUGGCCAAGUAUGGUAUGUCUAUGUGUGUCCUGGGAAUGGCCUCUGAGUUCAAACCGGAUGGCAUUGCUGUGAACGCUCUUUGGCCGCGAACUGCCAUUUGGACGGCGGCUAUGAGUAUGAUUGGUGCGGGAGAUCCGGGAAUGGCUAACAGUUGUCGAAAGGUCGACAUUUUGGCCGAUUCUGCGUACGGCAUACUCUCCAAGAACUCAAAGUCCUUCUCCGGAAACUUCGUGAUAGACGAGGAC